AGCUAAAGAAUUCCAAUUUUAAAACCGUUGGAAAACGUUCUCCGGGGAAAACGAAGGCGGAGAAGAGAUUGCUUAAGCUCACCGCCCACUCCUCUGCUUACGGUCCUCCGCUCUGGAGAGCCGUUCAAAGGUUAUCGUGGCUUCAUCCGGACCGCAAACCCUUUCUCGAAGGAAGAUCCCGUCCUCCGCCGCCGCAGCCGCAGCUCCUCCGCCACCUCCGUCCCAUCACCGUCCCCAAAUCCGAGAGCUUCCUUUUUGGCAGCAAACUUGGUUUCUUCUCCUCCUGCUCGCCAUGGCGCUCUCCCUCUUCGCUCUCUCUCUCUUCCUCUUUCUCACCCUCGAUCUCGACGACGGCUCACCGCAGCCAACCUACGCUGCCGCUUCCGAGGGCGUUGAGAUUACUUUUGGGAGCGUGAUGAAGCUGAUGCAUGAGAAGACGAAGUUUAGGUUGCAUUCGCAUGAUGUGCCUUAUGGAUCGGGUAGCGGGCAGCAAUCUGUGACUGGUUUCCCUAAUGUUGAUGAUUCUAAUAGUUAUUGGAUUGUGAAGCCGACUCUGGAUUCAUCCGCCAAACAGGGUGAUGUUAUUGAAAGUGGAACCCUAAUUCGGUUACAACAUAUGAGGACCCGUAGAUGGCUGCAUAGUCAUUUGCAUGCUUCACCAAUAUCUGGUAAUAUGGAGGUGAGCUGCUUUGGAGGGGACGAUAACUCAGACACCGGUGAUUUUUGGAGGCUUGAGAUUGAAGGUAACAAGAAAAUAUGGAAGCAGGAUCAACGUAUCAGACUCAGGCAUGUAGACACUAGUGGUUACCUUCACAGUCAUGACAAGAAAUAUAGUCGGAUUGCUGGAGGUCAGCAGGAGGUCUGUGGUGUCCGUGAUAAGCGUCCUGAUAACAUCUGGUUAGCGACCGAAGGAGUGUACCUUCCUGUCAAUAAAGCAAAAUAAGGUGAUGAUUCUUAUUAACUAUCAAACCUGAAUAGAGUCCUUGUGUUUCGGAGAGUUCUUGUGGUAACCCAAGUUCUGAGAUGAAGUUUUCAUGUACUUUUGUGAUUAGUUAUACCUACUUGAAUACUAUCCACUGUGAUACAGUGAUUGAUAGUGGGAGAAUGUUUUGAUGAUCGAAAACUCCAUGUAACUCUCUCUAGGCCACCCAUCUUUUACUAAUUUGGGGACUUUAAUAGGAAAAAGCUCUUUAACACAGCUUCUUGCUUUCA